AUGGCUUUCUCCAUCCGCGCCGCCGCCUUGUUCUCUUCAGCCACCACAACUUCAUCCCGCCGCCUGUCGUCUUACAGAAAUUUUGCCGGUUAUUAUAAUCCCAAAUUGGCUUGCUCGAAGAAACCAUCAAUCAAAUUCCCCCCUCCUAUGUUGGGCCGUAAUAAUACUAGUUGUGCUGUGAUGAUGAUGAGCACAAGCACCAGCCGAGUCGACGACGAACCCCAACCCCAGCCACCAACAACCUCGCCCUGGCUGCCCAAACCCUCGCCUUGGCUCAUGCUACCGCCAAUCACAGUUGAUGAACACAGUAGUGAACAUAUGGUUUAUCAAUUUUACAGCCUUGGCGAGGACAAAGUAUUAAGUGUCCCCAAAAGACCCACACCAUUAUCAUCAUCAAAAGAAGAAGACGACGAUGACGACGAUGGUCCGAACAAUGAUGCCAAGAUUGUGGGAUCCUCACACGGCUGGCUUGCCCUGUUCCACGAGCAUAACUGCGACUUAUUUCUCUACAAUCCCCUCACUGGCCGCCACUUUAAGCUCCCACCCAUCCGCACCCUUCCCCACAUCCCCGACCCUAAUUUGAAAAAGGGUCGCGGCUGCCUGACCAGCGUCGUGGUCUCUAGCUCAUCCUGCAACAACGAAUGGCGAGCCGUCAUCACGUACGGUCCGGAGCAGAGACUGGCCGUAUGCUGCCCCGCCCAAACCCCAACUGAGUGGACCCCACUCGGCGACAAUUAUCAGCACGAGUCCCUCGCCUAUUCCACCCGGCGGAACCUCUUCUUCUCUGCCCCAAGACACAAGGACCAUCUCGAGGCAUGGAAUAUCUCUUCUUCUUCAACCACAAUGACUCAGCUACCGGUGUCCGCUGACCCAGACAACUACCCGCUGGCCGCCCGCUCACGGUUGGAGUUGGAUCUCAAAGUCCUGUGCGAAGACUACAGGUUCCUUGUCGUGUCCGAGCAGUCGGACGAGCUUUUCCACGUCCGGCGCUUUGUGUUGCCGUGCAUGGGCCCCGACGGCACUCUAGUGGAUGAGGUAUGGUACAACGGUUUCCGGGAAGACAUGACACCCUACAAGACAGUUGGGUUUGACGUCCACAAGUACGACCCGCAUACCGGCUCGUUGAAGUACAUGGAUCGCACCCUGGAUGGCUUGGCCUUCUUCAUUGGCCCCAACGACGGGUUUGCUCUCCAGGCGGCUGAUUAUCCCGGGCUGAAGCCCGACUCCAUCUACUACACCGAUACCAGGUGCCUGCCGGAGUGGGAUGAUAAACCAUAUGGAGGCCAUGAUGUCGGUAUCUUCAGCUAUCGAGAUGAGACUUUCUGGCCGUGCUAUUAUUCAUGUGAUAUGAGCAACGCAAUGAAGAUUGUGCCCGCGCCAAAGUGGUUCACUCCCACAUUGCAACCCAACCUUGUUCAGCCUAAUUUAGAUUUUCAUUUAAGUUGA